CAGGCACCAAAUGAAUCCGUCGAGGAAAAACCUAGAGUUAGUAGCACUGGCGUUUUUGUUACUCGUAUUUCUCACCGGCGCUGGCCAUACACUACACAGGGAAUAAUGAUAUUUAAGAGUCUAUUUUAGGGGUUAUAUUAACUGCAAGGACGAAUCCUCCCGCAGCUGUCAGCUCUUCCCCUGCAGGACUAGCCCCAUCCUUUGAACCCUUUGAAUCCAUCAAAAUAUUGUCUAAAAUCUGACUGCCUCUCACGGCACCCGAUACACCGAAGAAUUAGGCAAGAGGCGAGGCUGAAAGAGGACGAGGCUGAAAGUCAAAUUGUCAUACUAAUAUAGCAAAUCUGCCGAACAACCAAAAUACGGUCUUUUAUCUCCCCUCACGUUAUCCACCUCUUAAAGAUUGUCUCGGCCUUACAGUACUGCUACACGGACAUUGACAAACUAAUACCAUCCCAGCGUCUAUGAUAACCUGCUUCACAUCAUCAUGCGAAAGGGAACCGUUAGCUGCCUGGAGUGUCGGCAGCGCAAAGUGCGCUGUAAUAUGACAGCGAAUGCAGAAGCAUGUGGGAGAUGUGUCAUGAGGGGCUUGCCAUGCACCGACCAAGGGUCCGGUCUCUCAAAGGCGGAAAUGGUAAGGGGGACAGAGAAGCUACGGGUGAAACAAGUAGAGCUUCGAGACUUAAUCUCCGAAGUGUUGCAAAGGUUGCAUCCCAAUGGAGGCCAAACUCAGGGGACGAAAGCCGAAAUUGCCGCCGUCGAUGCUCUGAAGAAGUUGCAGGCGGAAAUACCCCAAUCUUGUCAGAUUCCCAAUUCUAGCACGCCUCCAGAUGGAGAUAGCGUCUGGGAACCCCUCGGCGGGUUUGAUAAUGUUCCGCUACUAGGCCUCUUCAAGAAUGAUGCGCUAGGAGAGGAGCACUGUGAAGGGGGUUUUACCACUGAGUCUCUCUUCGACAGCGAAGAGCAGCGAGCUGUUGAAAAGUGGAAUUCGUUAGCAGAGCUGAAAGCAGCUGUUCCAAACAGCCGUGACCUGAGCUUUCUGUUUGAAUCUGGCCAGGCUGUCUGGCGAAUAUGGCAAAGGUCAUUUUCAGGAAUAAGAGAGGUAGACACUGGUCUUGAUGGAGGUUGCCACAUACCCAGCCUUCAGUCGCACAUAUCUAGCGUUGCGAAAUCCAACGACCCCGUCGCCAUUGCAAAGGUUCUGUUGUGCUCAGCAUUGAGCGCUCAGCAAAUUGACCAAGGAUCUGAUAUCACGGAAUCACUCCUCUCAAUUUCUCCGAAGGAGCUUCAAAGGCGAACUUUAAACCCAGUGGAGAAAUUUUUAAGGGAAGACGAACAGAGCGCAUGUUCUUUGGAGGGCCUAGAGUGCAUUUUGACACAGACUAGGAUCUACAUCAAUGAAGGGAUGCCGCACAAAGCUUGGCUUGCUUUCCGGCGCGCCAUCAGCUAUGCACAGCUCCUUGGGUUGCAUCGUCAGCAGAUGGGCUUCGAAGAUGGCAAAUCUCGCCAAAAAUUGUCGCUUUGGAUGCGGAUGUGGCAAGGGGAGAGAUAUUUAUCUCUUGUACUCGGGCUUCCAUCCUCGGCAGUAGAAAAUUUAGGUGACCUUCACGAACUGCAAAAAGAGGGCUCGAAGGUCCCGAGUGGGGAGUAUCUACUUCUUAAGCUAGGCGCUGUGUCAGGGAGAAUGAUUAACCGCGACCAACACCCAACCAAGUCUGACUACGCUACAACUAUACAGAUCGAUCAAGAUUUAGAAGAGUGUAAGAAUAGUAUGCCAGAAUCCUGGUGGGAAAUGUCGAUAGGACCCGAUCUACCCCUCGCAUCAGCGGCAGAUAUGUUAGCUGCGAAGUUUGCCUAUCAAUUCCUACGAAUACUACUUCACCUCCCAUUUAUGCUUCAAUCAAAAACCAAUCAGAGGUAUGAAUUUAGCAGGAUAGCAGCGUUAGAUGCAUCACGGGAGAUGAUCAAAUACUAUCAGAUCAUGCGAGACGUCGAUCGUCCUUUAUUUAACAUAUGCUGCCUAGCUGAUUUCCAAGCUUUCACUGCGGCAAUGGUGCUGACUCUCAGUCUAUUAGACCAAGCUGCGCCGUCAAAUGUUAGCCUAGCAUCACAUCAAACCAACGGAGACUGGAAGAUUAUUGUCGGCAUCACGCAAGUCCUCAAGCGGGUUUCGAAAAGUAGCACUUCUAGUGUAGCAACGCAGGCUACUAAGGUUUUAGAGGAUCUAUACCAUAUCCGGUUCAACGAGUCCGACCACGGCAAUGAAGCAUAUCAUGCAGUUAUACCGUAUUUUGGAAAGCUUACAAUCAAUAUGAGAAAUGCUUUCCAAGCUCCGGUGCUAGAGCAAAUGCAAGUCGAGGACCAAGGUAUAUUAACAGACAUGUCUAACGCUGCGACAAACUCCAACUAUCAUCCUGAUAACCAGAAUAUUUAUUUCGAGAGCUAUUUGCCUCUUUCCGAAUUUGAACCGCCUUGGCAGAAUAUGCAGAACGAGUGGUUGGGCUCAACAACAGAUUUCAGUUUGUGCGAUGAUUGGGGCACAUUCCUUUGCAACGACGAAUUUAACUUCACAGAAUGAAAGCCGACCAAGACAUUUCUACGGAUGAUAGUCAGGCUCUGGCACGGCUCGCCCGCUGCCAGGCCCAUCUAUCUACAUGUCUAUCCUAAAAGUCCGAAGGAGGACGGACUAUGUGCAGUAGAGAAAUUCACACUAGCAUUUAUGUUAAUAGAAAUUAUUAUGUUUG